UCCAUGACACACACCAGUGCGCCCAUUCAAACAUAAAAGCUACCAGAGAAUUUCUCUCUCAUCCAAUCAUGGCUCCAUAUCUCCUCCUUGUCCUGCACACUCUUUUCUUCCUCACUGGACUGUCAGGUAUUCACGGUGUGUCCACAGUGAGUCAUGUGUCUGUACGUGAAGGAGGCUCCAUCACCAUCCCAUGUCUCUAUCAUCAUGGCUCUGAAAAACAUGUGAAAUACUGGUGUAGUGGAUAUUUUUUCAAUUUUUGCUCUACUCUAAUACGUACUGACUCUCAGAGUGCAUCUAAUUGGUUGUCCAUCGCUGAUAAUGUUACUACAAGAGUCUUCACUGUGACCAUGAAGAAUCUGCAACUAGGGGUCUCUGGAUAUUUCUGGUGUGCUGUGGAGAAAGGUGACACCACAUAUCUAUAUCUGUCAGUUGCCACAGGUACUGCAGGACUCUAUGUGGACCAGCAACAUGUGACUGGAGUUGAAGGACAGAGUGUCACUGUCAAUUGUAACUAUCGUAACUCUGGAGAUUUCUGCUGGUGCAGGCUGGGUGGCUCUUGCGUGGAGAGGAGUGUUGGGAAUUUAGAUGGAGCAUCAGUAGAAUUAAAGCGGAUUCUUGCCAAUGGAGAAAAAGUCAUGAUCGUAACGAUGAGUCAACUAAAAAUUAAGAACACUGGCUGGUACUGGUGUGCAGUUGGAGAUCUACAGAUGCCUGUUCAUAUCACUGUUAACCAACCAACCACAACACAGAGUAACACCACCACCACAAACCAGAACAAUGGGGGAACUGACGAGAAGCGACAGGAAAGGAUCCAGAGUUUGCUGGUAGUCCUGCUCAUUCCUCUGAGCCUGUUGGUGGUGGUGAUAGCUGUUACCUUGCUCACAUGGAACAUGUUGAGAAAACAUGAGGACAAGAAGGCAAAGGACCAACCAGCAAACACCWYAGUAGUAAGCUAUGGUCAUGUUAUCUUCUCACUCAUCUGUUCCUUUCUCUUCUUGAGAAAGCUUUGGUUGAUAGUCAUAAAAGGCCUCAAUUAUCAACCCGAUCUCUUAGGUUUACUGGACUCAAGAAUAUUAAGUUAAACAGUUUAAAGAGAACUGCGUUUCUCAAUUUAGUCAUGCACUGAGUAUGCAUAUUUGAYUUCCUCAAAUCCCUCACCACAACUCCUGACACUUG